CCUACAGUGAAGAGGAGGAGCAGGCCGGAGUCAUGGAGAGGCAGCUGGAGCUUGCUGCCCUCGCGCUGGGCCUCACAGGGUGGCUCUGUGCCAUCCUGACGCGCUGUCUGGCCCUGUGGAAGGUGAGCGGCACGCUGGACAACACCACGGCCACUCUGCCUGCAUACUGGGAUGGGGUGUGGCUGGAAUGGGAUCACUGGGACUUGGCCCAUGAUGGCAGCCUGCACUGCUCUUUCUACCGGUCUCUCAUGUCUCUAUCUGGGAGUUUUCGGACUUGGAGAGCUCUCAUCAUGGCUGCUGUUGGAGCUGGGGCUUUUGCUGUCGUGAUUGGAGCAGCUGGGGCGGUGUGGUUUCCUCUGCGUGGCCAGGUUAAAGUUGCCUCUGGAGCUGUCUUUGUUUUGUCUGGGAUUUUGUUGCUGGUUCCCAUAGCAUGGACAUGCCAUCACACCAGUCAGCCACUGGAGGCAGUGGUGCUGCUAAGAAGGGACUGGGGACCUGCAUUGUACCUGGGCUGGAUCUCGUCUGCCCUGAUGCUCAUUGGAGGGGUGUUUCUCACCACCAGAUGCCCCAAGAAGAGUGCACAGCAGCAAGCGAGUGCACCACCGAAUCCAGAAGACGAGGCUAAUCACCCUCUGAGCAGGAUCAACAGGACUACAUUCACAAGCAGUCAGUAUGAGCGCAGAUCUGAGCCCAUAUGAGCACACUGGGCUGCAGUUUUAACUCUGUGAAUAAAUGAACUGGAGAAUCAUUAAUAUGUGGAGUGACUGUGGGUGGAUUGAACAGCAGAGCGUGCACAUGUUGAGCAAUAAUGCAACUAUUCAUUAACAUUAGAAACUAAAGCAUCAGGCGGAUUCUAAGGGAUGAGGGUGAGGCUGUGCAUCUCAUUUACUGUUUGUUUUGAAGCUGUUAACUGGUGACAGGUCCUUACAGCUCUUUGAUACUUUAAUACACUGUAGUGCCUUUAACUUGACUGAAUUAAUACUGGGCAAAAA